AUGAUGGAGUGCAACAAAGAUGAGGCAGUUAGGGCCAAAGAAAUAGCAGAGAGGAAAUUUUCUGAAAGGGAAUAUAUUGGUGCGAAGAAGUUUGCUAUUAAGGCUCAAAGUCUGUAUCCUGAUUUGGAGGAUGUUCCCCAGUUUUUGACUACUAUUGACAUUUAUAUAUCUGCUGAGAACAAAGUAAGCGGAGAGAUGGAUUGGUAUGGUAUACUUGGAGUGAGCCCCUUUGCUGAUGAAGAGACUGUUAGAAAGCAGUACAGGAAGUUAGCUCUCACCCUUCAUCCUGACAAAAACAAGUCUUUAGGUGCAGAGGGUGCAUUUAAACUGGUUUCAGAGGCAUGGAGUUUGUUAUCAGACAAGACAAAGAGAUUAGAGUAUAACCAGAAGAGGAGUUUGAAAAGCUUCCAACAUAAUACUCCCAACCGUGGGCAUCCAUCAGCAGCGCCUAGUUCAAAUAGUUAUUAUCAUUUUAAGAAGAAUACAUCUUCAAAUGUGAGGGCAGGAAAUAAUAAUGUGAGGGCUGGAAAUAAUAAUGUGAGGGCGCCUGCAACGUCUGUUCCUCCUCCUCAGAAAAAGGCUGAAACCUUUUGGACUAUCUGUAAUCGGUGCAGGACACAUUAUGAAUAUCUUAGAGUUUAUUUGAGUCACACCCUUUUAUGUCCCAACUGUAAUGAAGCUUUUGUGGCUGUAGAGAGGGGUCCUCCUCCCAAUGUUUUUAAGCCAUCAAGUUCGCCCCCCUUGCAUCAGCAGCACCAAAAUUCUCGACGUCAUCCUGGAAGUAAUAAUUCAAACCCUCAGUGGGGUUCCCACUCCAGAAUGGCUGGUUUUGGUAGCACGGAUGGAUCGUCUUCUGUUGCCGCCCAAGCUGCAAGUGUUGUGCAGAAGGCUAGUGAGAAAGUGAAGAGAGAAGGAGCACCGUCAAUUGCUGAAUGGGAGAGGAUUCAAAUGUCUAAGAGGGCUGAUGGUUCUAUGAAGAAAAGGAGGACAGAUGAUAUGCGCGCUAAUGGUUAUCCAGGAUAUAUGGCAAACCAUAUGGCUAUGGGACAUGGAGCAACAGGUCUUGCAAGCAAGCAUAACAACAGCACGCGAGAGUUGUCAAUGUUUGAGUUACGAAACAUGUUGGUAGAUAAGGCACGGAAUGAAAUUCGUAAGAAACUUGAAGAAUGGAAGUUAAGGGCUGAAGCUAGGAUUAUCAACAAGAACAAAGAGAAUAAGAGACACAAAAAUACGCUUAAUGAUAAGACAACUGGUUCAGUGAAGUAUAGAGAGUCCAAUGUUAAUGGUAAUAAGCAUGUUGGUAUUGAUUCUUCACCCGUCAUAUCUGAUGAUUCAGUUAAGAGCCAAGCCUAUGUUACAAUCAAUGUUCCGGAUCCUGAUUUUCACAAUUUUGACUUGGAUAGAGCUGAAAGUUCCUUUGCAGAAGACCAGGUCUGGGCUGCUUAUGAUGAUGAUGAUGGAAUGCCUAGAUAUUAUGCUAGAAUUCACAAGGUGAUCUCCAUAAAGCCAUUUAGAAUGCGAAUCAGUUGGCUUAACUCUCGAAACAACACUGAAUUGGGCCCAAUAGAUUGGGUUAGGUGGACAAAAGGCAACAGAGGAGUUGUGCGCAUCUUUCCAGGUAGGGGAGAAGUCUGGGCACUUUAUAGAAACUGGUCCCCUGAUUGGAAUGAACAUACUCCAGAUGAAGUGAUACAUAAGUAUGACAUGGUAGAGGUGCUUGAUGAUUUCAGUGAAGAGCAAGGUAUAUCAGUCACUCCCCUUGUUAAGUUUCCUGGCUUUAGGACAGUAUUUCGAAGGCACCAGGACCAGAAUGAGGUUAAGAGGAUUCCUAAAGAGGAGAUGUUCCGAUUCUCUCAUCAGGUUCCUAAUCACUUGCUUAGUGGUCAAGAAGCUCAUAAUGCUCCAAUAGGCUGUCGAGAGUUGGAUCCAGCAGCUACUCCUUUAGAUCUCCUUCAGAUAGAAACGGAAGCUUACGACACUGCAGGAGAGAGGAUGCUCCGAAACCUUGUAGAGCAGAAAUGUUCAAACGAGGGUGACAAACAAAAAAUGGAAUGGUAG